AGAGAAGGAGUGAUAGUGUUACAGGAGGUGUAAAGGAGGUAAAGAGGAGUGGUAGAGAUGGUGUAAAGGUGUAGAGCAGGUGCAAAAGUGUAGCAGAGUGGUAGAAUAGGUGUAGAGAAGUGGUAGAGGAGAUGUUGAGAAGUGGUGGAGGAGUGAUAUAAGUGUAAAGGUGUAGAGGAGUGGUAGAGAAGGUGUAGAGGAGUGGUAAGGGAGUGGUAAAGGAAGGGUAUAGACCGGUUUGAGGCUGAGUGAGGGGGAGACCCAGACGGAGGAGGAGAAGAUGAGUGUGAGGUGGGAGACGGAAGGACUGCAGACAGUGGGCAUCGUCUGUCUGGUCUUCAUGUUCCUGAAACUGAUGCACCUGCUGGGCCUCAUUGACAUCACAGAGACGGAUGACAGCAGUGACAGUGAUCUAGAGUUGUCCACAGUGCGUCACCAGCCGGAGGGGCUGGACCAGCUGCAGACGCAGACCAAGUUCACCAAGAAGGAGCUGCAGUCUCUUUACAGAGGGUUCAAGAAUGAGUGUCCUAGUGGCUUGGUUGAUGAGGAGACUUUCAAGACCAUCUAUUCUCAAUUCUUUCCCCAAGGAGAUGCCACCACCUAUGCUCACUUCCUUUUCAAUGCGUUUGACAUGGACAGGAAUGGCUCAAUCCGCUUUGAGGACUUUGUGAUUGGCUUGUCUGUGUUGCUGAGGGGCUCAGUCAUUGAGAAGUUGAACUGGGCUUUCAACCUGUACGACAUUAACAAGGAUGGAUACAUCACCAAGGAGGAGAUGCUGGCGAUUAUGAAGUCAAUCUAUGACAUGAUGGGUCGAUACACUUACCCCAGCGUCCGGGAUGAGGCUCCGUCUGAGCAUGUGGACAAGUUCUUUCAGAAAAUGGACAGAAACAGAGAUGGUGUGGUGACCAUUGAGGAGUUCAUAGAAACUUGCCAGAAGGACGAGAACAUCAUGAACUCCAUGCAACUCUUCGAGAACGUAAUCUAG